ACUUAUCUAAGACUUAUCUUACUAAAUAUCUUCGGCCAAUAUACAAUGUUAAACUUACAAAUUGACUUGUCAAAGAAGAAAAUUUGCAUUUGCUUGGUUUCAUUGAUACUUCCUAAAUAUUUUCCUAUAUAAAAAGGAGCGUAAUUCAAAAAUCAAAACCACCACAUUAAGUUCCAUAACAUAGUAAAGCAAAAAAUAGAGAACCAAAGUUGUGAGAUGGCUGAUGUUAAGUUGCUUGGUCUUUGGUAUAGCCCUUAUAGUAAUAGAGUUGAGUGGGCUCUCAAGAUUAAGGGUGAAGAAUAUGAAUAUAUAGAAGAUGAUCUACACAACAAAAGCCCCCUGCUUCUUGAAUUAAACCCUAUUCACAAGAAAAUCCCAGUGCUAAUUCACAAUGGAAAGCCCAUUUGCGAGUCAAUGGUCAUUGUUGAAUACAUUGAUGAGACAUUUGAAGGCCCUCCAAUCUUGCCUAAAGACCCUUAUGAUCGAGCUAUAGCUCGUUUCUGGGCUAAGUUUUUUGCCGAAAAGGAGCCAGCAACAGGGAAAAGUUUCUUUCUCAAAGGAGAGGAGCAAGAAAAAGCUAAUGAGGAAACUUAUGAGAUGCUAAAAGUUCUUGAUAAUGAGCUUAAGGACAAGAAGUUCUUUGUGGGUGACAGUUAUGGUUUUGCUGAUAUUGCUGCAAAUAUGAUGGGACUUUGGGUAGGAGUCUUUGAAGAAGCUUCUGGAGUUCUUUUGGCUACAAGAGAAAAAUUCCCAAAUUUUUGUGCAUGGAGAGAUGAGUAUAUUAAUUGCAGCCAAAACAAGGAAUAUUUACCUUCAAGAGAUGAGUUGAUUGCCUAUUUUAAAGCUCGAUUUCAAGCUGUUAAAUCUGCUGCCAAAUAAACACCUCCUUAUUCAGCUCUGAAGUUUCAAGUUUCCGUGACGAUAAAAAUAAGGAUGGAUUUAGGUCGAGUUUUGUGAAUUCAACUGAAUAAUCAGGCUUGAACUAUAUAAAUAUAAAAAAGAUUUAUUAUGAAUUUGUAAUAUUACAGUCACUUUUGAUUCA